AUGCCCGGGUGUAGUAUUAUUGGAUGUGACACCAGAAAUGUUACCAAAUUGGAAGGUGUAACAAUACAUCGUUUGCCUGUGAUUGAACCAAACAGAAGUGCUUGGUUGAAGAUAAUUGGUGUGGAGAACAUACACAUGAGAAAAAAAUACGUCUAUGUUUGCUCACUUCAUUUCGAAGACUCCUGUUUUAAUCGAACAAUGCAUAUAGUCAAACUACGUGAUGGCGCUCUACCGUCACAAAGUCUAUUGCCCUCAACUAGACCAAAAGUCUCUGGUGUAGUGUCUGAAAGAGACCACAAUGAAGUUACAACUCAAGAUCCUUUGUCUGAUGCUGUGUUAAUAAUGGGGGCUAAAACGCCUGAACAAGUUAACAAACCACGUACGUUAAAGUGUGACGCUUGCGAGCGAAAAUUCGUAAAUCUUCAAGCGCUGAUUUCGCACAAGAAAUUUUUACAUACAAAAACCGAGACACCGAGACGUUCGGCGUUAAAAAAGCAAGAAGAUGCUAAACUAUCUAAGAAGAAGGUUAUACCAGUGAGUAUGUUGAAAAGAGUGAAUCCUCCCACGCCGGCGAAAACACCGGUAAAAACUGCUGUCGAUAAGACUCCAGAUUUAGCGGGAAAAGAUUCGAACCAGCCAAAGAAGCCUCAUUUCGAGUGUCCAGUAUGUUUUAAGAAGUUUCCUGUGUACUUUACUGCGUUCAGACAUAUACAGAAGAACGCGACGUGCUGUAUUGACGAAAAAGGGAACAAAGUCCCAGCAAACUCAACGAACCUAGUAAAACCGAUCCGCGUAGAAAUCUGCUUAACCUGUGAAGAUGAGACACGGUCAACAGAGCUGCAUGACUGUCCGAAGGCACCGAGCAGCAUUGAUCUCUACGAAUGUUUGGGAUGCAAACAAGUUUUCAACGGACUACAGUUGUACCAGCAUCAUGUUAAAGGGUUGCAUUCGGACGGUGCACAGAAUUAUUUCUUUCCUAGUCGAAAAGAAUUCACUCUAUGGAAAAAGAGUCUGCAGGAACAAACUAAAGUCGAAUUCGCACAGCUUAACCGACCGAAAGCGAAAGACGUAUUCCAUUGUUCGCACCAACCAACCAAAGUGACAGAUAACACACAAUUGUGCCCUUCUAUGAUAAUUGCACGAACAUAUAGUAAAGGAAUCCACAUAUCUUACUUAAAAGAUCACCACGGACAUACCGCAGACAGUACACCGUUAAAGAAUUAUUCUCAAUACUCAAUAUCCUUGUAUCCAAGAGAAAUGGAACUCAAAGAACUGUCUGAUGAUUCAGAACUAUAUUUACAGUUCAAAAACAUUAUAAUGUCCGUAGCACAUGAUGCUGUUAAAGCGGACAUGACAAUGUUGAAAGAAUUAAUAGGCAAAGCUCUAGAAAUGACUACAUUAUUAAAGGGAUUGAAGAAUAAUGAUCUUACUACUGCUACGGUCAAGAAAAAGUUGUCCGAUGACCAAAUUACUAAAACGUUAGAUAGCUUGCUGACUAGGACGGGGAAACGCAAACAGACCGUAGAACCAAAAGAAACCAAGAAAGAAGUACCCAAGAGAUUAAAAAGGAACUCUACGUUUGUAGAAAUUACAGUUGAAAACAACAUAGCAACGGCUAAAGCUACUCCGGUACCUAAAUCUGUUACAUUUAAAAAUACAACAAAGAAUAAUGAAACAAAAAGUGACUCUGAAUUAUCACAGACCGAUACAGAAGACUCACUAAAAACUAUACUAAAAGCAAGCGAAGUACUUCAAAACACAUCUAAGAAAGCGGAUGACACAUCAGAAACAUCCUCUUCGAAAGCAGAUGAUGAUAAAAAGGAUGAACCGUUAAGGUCAGCGUUGCAAUCUCCGUCUUCCUUCAACGAUUCAUAUAUGAACUUCGUUGGCCAGAAUUUCAGAUCUAGUCUAGAAUCGAGUACGCCUAAAGUUAGACCUAAUAUAAGAAAGAAAGAAAUAAUGAAAACUAAAAUAGGACAGUUUAAAGCCAAGAGUUUGUCUCCUAGGGAACCUAUGUCACCAAAGUCACCAAAUAAAGUUAAAAAUAAAGAAAAAAGUAAAGAAAUUACUAAAGAAAACACUCCUACUAAGAAUUGGUCGACUAAAGACUUAAAAUAUGAAGUCAAAGAGCAAGAAAACGAUUACAAUAUUCUUAUAUUGAAGAUUUAA